CCCAUUUGUCUCUUUCUUCUUUCUAAUUCUUCCUACGACAAAGCUUUCUCUUUGUCCCUCUUCCUCUUCUACGAUCUCUUCUUCUCUCUUUGUUGCAGUCUCUUCUCAUCUUCUCCACUCUCGUCUCUCAAGUAUGGUUAAUUACAGGAUUAAUUUCCAACAUCUAUUAUAUAUAUAAACUCGUUGAAAUCAUAAUUUUUUUCUUCAGAUAUUAAGUAAACAAAUUGGCCAUCGACGAGAGACUCAAAGAGAGACCCAUCUCCAUGGCACCAAGGUGGAAAUGGAAAGGUGCUGAGGCAAAGGCACUUGCAGAACCUGUUUCGAAAACAGUCUCGGAGCUGAGAUCUUCAUUGACCCAAACCGAGGCUUUAGGUUUCCUCUCAAGUUGUAACGUACUUUUAUCGGUUGAGUCAGAGGAAGCUGAGCUUUUGGAUCGUUGUUGUUUUGGUAGACUAGUUGUUGGUGCUGAGAAAGAUAAGAGAUGGAUUCAGUUAUCCUUUGAAGAAGCUUUCUUUUUGUUUUACAAACUGAAAUGCAUCAAGAUUUGCCUUCACGGUCGUUCUCUGGAAAACGAGGUAGAUUUAUGGCGAUCCAUGAGUUCCUUUAAGCAAGAUUUUGCGAUCUUGUACAAGGCUUAUUCGCAUCUACGAUCGAAGAACUGGAUUGUGAGAUCAGGGUUACAAUAUGGAGUUGAUUUCGUGGUGUAUAGACAUCAUCCAUCUCUUGUCCACUCUGAAUACGCCGUUCUUGUUCAGUCCAUUGGCGGGAAUGAUCGGUUAAAGGUGUGGUCCGAUAUCCAUUGCAGUGUUCGACUAACCGGAAGCGUCGCGAAAUCAUUGUUGGUUCUUUACGUCAACAGAAAAGUCAACACAGAGAAGAUGAAUCUGCCUUUGUGUUUAGAGGACUACACAGUUGAAGAGCAAACAAUACGUAGAUGGAGUCCAGAACUUAGCCGUGAAGAUGAAACCAGAACAUGAUUAAGCUUACAUGUUAACAAGUCUUGUUGUAAUGCUGAUUUCUAGAAGAAUAUAAAAUGAACUAGGUUCCGAUUCCAAC